UAUGCGAUAUCAGUCUUCAGUCUCAUUAGGUCUCACUCUCUGUGAGGUCGGGACUGCAUCGUUUUUUUAUCUUGCAGUAUAACGAGAGACUUUUAAGAAAAUAACCUUGAAUCAAACCACAACUUGUCCACGACACGACAAGAGCCUCCCCGUCCACUUCCAGGCUGAGGGCCCCUUUUGAACCAUGAAUAAAUCAAAUGCCACUCACAUUGAGGAUGGAUUCGACGCAACGGGAGAAUUCGACAAGAGCCUCAAGGUCGACCGAUCCAAGGUGAAGGUCAGCGGUACCGUGCAGCUUACUGCCGGCAAGACCGUUUACAUCCCAUCCGCGACCGCGGACCCCAGAGACCCCCUGAACUGGAGCACAUGGCAGAAGAUCCUAGUCAUGUGCUCAGUAUCACUCUUCUCCGUCGUGGCCCUGGGAAUGAUCAGCGGGUUUGGCGGCCUCCUCGGCAUGUACAUACCCGAGUACUCCAAGCUCGGCAAGGGAUACACCGAGAUUGGUUACAUGCUCUCGCUGCCCAACAUGACCAUGGGAUUCGGAAACUUGCUGGGCAUGCCCAUCGCCAUCGCCGUGGGCCGCCGCAGCGUCCUGCUGUUCGCGACGGCCGUCAUGUGCGCCGCCAUCGCCUCGUGCGCAGCGGCGGGCACGGCGGCCGAGAACUACGACUGGCACCUCUGGUCGCGUAUGAUCAUGGGGGUCGCGGCGGGCCAGAGCGAGGCCCUGGUGCCCAUGGUCACGCAGGAGAUCUUUUUCCUGCACGAGAGGGCCCGGUACCUCAUGAUCCAGCAGACCAUCCAGACCAUCAUCGUCGCCGUCUUUGUGCUGUUUGCCAGCCCCAUCGCCGCCGCCAUCGGCACCGCGUGGUGGUACGGGCUGGGCUGCAUCAUGUGCGGCAUCUGCUUCGUCGUGGCGCUCUUCUUCCUGCCGGAGACCAAGUACUACCGUCCUCAGUCGGCGUACCAAGAGUCUGCCGCAUCCGGUAGUGGCGGUGGCGGCAGCAGCAGCAGCAGCGAGGGCUCCGAGGAUGGCUACCAGCUGCAGACGGAGCGGCCGGCGCUCGACUUUGAAAACUUCGAGGCCCGCACCUUCAGGUCCGACAUGCGUCUGUGGAUUGGCAAACCCGAGUGGGACAAGGCUUGGGUUGUCUUCAGGGACGCGUGGACAAUGAUGCUCUUCCCCAACGUGUUCUGGGCCAUGCUUGUGAAUGGGGUUACUCUUGGUGCCAACGUGGCGCUGAGCAUGAGCUACAGCCGGGUUGUCGAGUCGCCGCCAUACAACUGGCCGCACUCUUCAACCAGUUAUUCCAACGCAGGACAAAUCAUCACCUCAAUCGUUGCCCUCCCGGUGUAUGGUCAUGGCUCCGACUGGAUCAUCAAGUGGUUCGCCGGUCGCCGAGGCGGCAUCCACGAGCCCGAGACGCGACUGGUCCCCCUCUUCAUCCCCAUCUGCAUCGGCGUCUUCACCAUCGUGCUGUACGGCCAGGGCGCGGCGCACCCGGAGAACUACCACUGGUUCACGUACGUGUGGGCGCUGGCCGCCUACUUCUUCACCUUUAUCGGCGCAAACAUCGUGGCCAUAACCUACCUGCUCGACGCCUACCCGCAGCGCGCCAGCUCCCUGCUCAUCAUCAUCUGCGCCCACCGCGGCUUCCUCUCGUUUGGCGUCAGCUACCGCCUCUGGGACAUGGUCGACGCCAUGGGUUACGACGGCGCCUUUGGCAUGUUUGGCGGACUGACGGCCCUCAUGGGCGUCCUGGCCGUCGUGCUGUUCUUCACGGGCAAGAGGAUCCGCCAGUAUACCAGUCGCUGGGUGGAGGUCAAGGAUAAGACUAAUUGA